AUGAAAGACGGUAUACUCGUUGUGCGCCUAGGCAUGCUUUCAGGAGCAAAGGGCAUUGCGCAAGUUUUGAACUUGCUCGAAAUCAUGGCCAAGACCAUGCCCAAGCCUUGGAAUUUGCCGUCUGGAGGGAGUGCCACGCAUCCGGAGGUGCAGAAGCAGGUCGUGCAGCAUCCAGCUCGGCAUGUCGUCGUGUUCUGGAGACUGGCCUGGCUGUGCCGUACCGCGGACAGCAUGUCUUGGGAGUGCGUGCGGAUGUUAUGCCAGCCAGUCAGAUGGCUUGCCACGUCCUUCACCGGCCACACGCCCCCCUUUCGCCGCCACAACUAUUUGAUUCCCAUCCGCUGGGAACCUCGACCGUAA